GUGCAUCACGCCUCCACCGGGACGUGUGUGUGCAAAGACGAAUAUCUCAAGCUGGUGUGGAUAAACGGCAAGCCGCAGUGCAAGCCACCUUGUGCGCACGAAGCCGGCCUGGUACACGGCCCGGAUGGCAAGUGCAAAUGCAAGGACCCCGAGGCGGUAGAGAAGAAGGACCCUUACGGCUUGGUCAUCGCUUGUCAUCCCAAGUGCGACCAUGGAUUGGUCCUCGACGAUGGUACUGGCAAGUGUGUGUGUAGCAGCACCGACUACAAGCUGUUCUGGAUAGAGGGCAAGCCCGUGUGUAAACCACCCUGCGAAGGAGAAUAUGGGCUGAAGCAUAAUCCCAUCACAGGAGACUGUGUGUGCGUCGACCCAUAUGCAGAGCUAGUGUACGACGAAGAUUACAAGGCUACCUGCAGAGCGCCCUGUGACAAGAAAUACGGAUUGGUGUACCACUCCGGGAUUGGCAGAUGUGUCUGCGAUAACGACAGCUACCAGCUGGUGUGGAUAUCAGGAAAAGCGCAAUGCAAGCCUCCCUGCAACCACGAGGCUGGACUGGAGCACCACCCAGAUACGGGUGAUUGCAAAUGCAGAGACCCCAAGACUACAUUGGUUACGUAUGAUGAUGGGAAGCAGAUGUGCCAGCCAACAUGCAAGUCUGAGAAUGGACUGAAACAUCAUCCACGCACUGGCGAAUGCGUUUGCAUUGACCCCGAAGCGAAGCUGGUGCACGACGGCGACUACCGACCUUUGUGCAAACCUCCCUGCGCCAAAGGUUACGGGUUGGUGCACGAUGACAAAGGAGACUGUGUGUGUGAGGACAACACGUACAAACUGGUCUGGGUCGCAGACAAGCCCCAAUGCAAGCCUCCCUGCGACCACGAGGCGGGACUGAAGCAUCAUCCAGAUACGGGAGAAUGCGUGUGCAUCGAUCAUCAUGCGAAGCUUGUGCACGGUGAAGACCACAAACCUGUGUGUAAACCUCCUUGCGCCAAGGACUACGGCCUGGUGCACAACGGCAAAGGGGACUGUGUGUGCGAAGACGACGCAUACAAGCUUGUGUGGAUUGCAAACAAACCACAAUGCAAGCCUCCCUGCGAUCAUGAUGCUGGCUUGAAGCACCAUCCGGAUACAGGUGAAUGCGUGUGCAUCGAUCCUGAAGCGAAGCUUGUGAUUGGAAGUGACUACCAGCCUGUAUGCAAACCUCCUUGCGCGCAAGAUUAUGGACUGGUGCACGACGCCUACGGGGAGUGUGUGUGCGAGGAACCCACCUACAAGCUGAUUUGGAUUGGAGAGAAACCUCGCUGCAAGCCUCCUUGUGAUCACGAGGCUGGCUUGGUGCACGACGACGAAGGCAAUUGCGUGUGCAAAGACGACAAUUACGAAAUGGUUUGGACUAACAAGAAGCCACACUGCAAGCCUCCUUGCGACCAUGAUGCCGGAAUGGUGCGUCAUCCAGACACUGGCGACUGCGUGUGCAAGGAGCCCCACGCGGAGCUGGUAUAUGUCGAGGGUUACAAUCCAGUGUGCAAACCUGCAUGCCCUGGGGAAUACGGCAUGGUGCGUGACCCGGAUACCUACGAAUGCGUCUGCAAGGACAGCAGCUGGAUAUUGUCUCUGAUUGAGGGCCAAAAAAUAUGCAAGCCCCCUCCGUGCAACCACGAUUAUGGAUUGGUACGCGACACGGAAACAGACGAGUGUGUGUGCAAGGAUCCGCGAUGGGAGCUUGUCGUUAGCGCAGAAGUCACGAAAUGCGAACCGCCGUGCGACGUGGCGUGGGGCCUGGUGCGAGAUGCCGCCUCCCAUGAGUGUGUGUGCAAGGACCCUCGGUGGAUUCUGACUCUGCUUGACGGCCAGAAGAUGUGCCAGCCCCCUCCAUGCAACCCCAAAUACGGACUGGUCCACGACAAAGAGACUGGUGACUGCAUCUGCAAGGAUUCCAAUGCCAAAAUGAUUUGGGUUGAUGGCCAGCCGACGUGCAAGCCGUCGUGCAGCAAGGAGAACGGACUCAUUCAUGAUCCCGAGACGGGCGACUGCGUGUGCGAGGAUCCCAAGACAGCUAUAUUGUGGCUCCAAGGCAAGGCGGUGUGCAAGCCCCCGUGCCACGUGGAGGAUGGGCUGAUCCACAAUUCUGAGACGGGAGACUGCAUGUGCAAAGACCCGAGCUCGAAAAUGGCGCUAAUGGAAGGCAAGCUCAUGUGCAUGCCAACAUGCAGCGAGGAAUAUGGACUG